CAGUCCCGGCCCGGCGCCCGCGGCGGCCCCGCUGCGGCCCGAGCGGCCUGGCUGCGGGAUCUGUGCGCAGCCAUGGCACGACCGCCCCGGCAGCGCCCGGGGGCCUGGGUGCCGCUGCUCUUGCUGCUGCUGGCCGGGCCCGGCGCCUGCGCCGCCAGCCCCGCAGACGACGGCGCGGGCCCCGGGGGCCGGGGACCCCGGGGCCGCGUGCGGGGGGACGCGGGCGCCGACGAGGCGGUGCCGCGCCACGACUCUUCCUACGGCACGUUCGCCGGGGAGUUCUACGACCUGCGCUACCUGUCGGAGGAGGGUUACCCUUUCCCUACUGCUCCUCCUGUGGAUCCAUUUGCCAAAAUCAAAGUGGAUGACUGUGGAAAAACUAAGGGAUGCUUUAGAUACGGCAAGCCAGGCUGUAAUGCGGAGACGUGUGACUAUUUCCUUAGCUACCGGAUGAUCGGGGCCGACGUGGAAUUUGAGCUGAGCGCUGACACAGAUGGCUGGGUAGCAGUUGGAUUCUCUUCAGACAAGAAAAUGGGUGGUGAUGACGUCAUGGCCUGUGUCCACGAUGACAAUGGGAGGGUCCGCAUACAGCACUUUUAUAAUGUAGGCCAGUGGGCAAAGGAGAUCCAGAGAAAUCCUGCCAGAGAUGAAGAAGGAGUCUUUGAGAACAAUCGGGUCACCUGCAGAUUUAAACGCCCCGUGAACGUUCCCAGAGAUGAGACAAUUGUCGAUCUGCAUUUGAGUUGGUAUUAUCUGUUUGCCUGGGGUCCAGCCAUUCAGGGCUCUAUCACCCGACACGACAUAGACUCACCACCGACUUCAGAGCGUGUUGUCAGUAUUUACAAGUAUGAAGACAUUUUUAUGCCAUCAGCUGCCUAUCAGACCUUCUCCUCUCCAUUUUGUUUGCUUCUCAUUGUUGCCCUGACCUUCUACUUAUUGAUGGGAACCCCUUAAACACAGCUGCAAAGCCAACAUAUUAAAUGGAUUAGAAAGUCUUUAGUAUAAAUAUAUUUUUUAAGAAUAUGCAGUAUAAUUUUAGCUUUUCUUAUUUAAAAAAAGACUCCUAUGAUUUCAGUUUUUGGAAGAAAGAGCAAGCUGCUUUUCUAAUCAAAGAGGAUUGUUUAAUAUUGAUCCCAUACUUUUGGAAAGUACUUAAAAAUUUUUCUAAGCACUUUCAAAUGUGUUUUCUUAUUUGAGCUUCAAAACAUCUCUGAGUUGGCUUGUUGAAAAUUGUCAGUACCAUCUUACUGAAUGGGAUUUGAGGUCGAGGAAAGCUGCCUUUUUUGGUGACCCACAUACCAUGUGGCCUUGGCUACUUGGUCAGAUAACACAUAACAAGGUAGAGAAAGAGCUAGGCAUACAGCUUCUAAACAACCUUUAUUCUUCCAACUACAGCUCAGGAGAGUUACUUGGGACAUUACUAAAGAGAACAUUACUGGAUGGCCCUAGUUCACAAUCAACCUUUUAGGCAGAAGAAGUUUCAAAUUUCCAUAAAUGCAUUUGGAUAUUUACACAGCUGAUGGGGAGAAUGGGAAAGAUUAUAAUGAUAAGAAAAUGGUCCAUACUUAGAGGAAAUUUCUUCUCAGUCAGUGAGUAGUUAUGAGAAAAUAUUUUUUUAUUGCUGUUUGGAAAGGUUAGGAAUGGAACUGUGAGUGUUCCUGAAGAUGUAAAACUAUAUUAAUGAUAAAAAAAAGAAAAAAGGGCAUUGUUAGCGGUUAGAAUUUGGACUCUUCUCUCACUGUAUUUUAUAAAUUAAACGAUUCAUGUGUUGUUACAGCUAAAUCCGUUGUCAGAGUCGACAUCCACGGAGUAUGAUUAAAUAUGUAUUAUAAUAGACAAGUCCUCUUAAUAAAAAUUUAAGGCAUUUUGAAAAUAAACAUUUUUGGAGAUUGUGGAGAUUUGGAGUAGAAACUUUUUAAAGAUGACAUUUCUUUUUUAAAUCAGAAAAUGGGAGAUGACCCCUAGAGUGAAUUCACCUAGAGUUUCCGUUCAACAUGUUGGGACUUGUAAACUGGAUCAGCAAUCAGCAGUACUUAUCAUAAUGCCUUGACUUAAUGCAUCCCCUUUUUUCAAAGGAACCCAAAUGUUCCUUUGUUCCAAAUGUCUGUGCUAACAGCCCAUUCAGAGGAAAAGAGUCUAUGGGUGUCAUUGAGUUGCUGAUGGAUUUCCACUGGAGAGUUUCGCAGUCCUCUGGCUUGGCCCCAUCAUUGCUAUAGAGCUGGAUUUGUGGAUUUUGUGAUUAAACAAGACUGGAGAUUGAUUUCUAAUGCCAUCCUUGAAAUUCACCGUCAGGGUGAAAGUCCACCUGGGGAGUAGGGGGAGAACUUUUAAAUUCUGGAACUGUACAAAAAUAAGGAAAACAUUGUGAUUCUGUGACACACAGUCUACCAAGUGAUGUAGGAGAAAUAAUCCUCAUUGCAGAGGGAGAGAGGUUAAAUGACGUUAGGUGAGCAAAAGAACUGGGUAGGAUUCAAACUCAGGUCAUCUGGUUCAAGUCUGUGGCUCCACCUCGCUGCCAUGGCCUUGGAACUGAGCCCUCCAGUCCCGGCUGAGGGUGGCCUUUGCACACCUUCUGAGCUAUCAUGCUUGUUCAGUAGUGAGGAUACAGCAUAUGCAGGCACCCACUUUGUAAAUAAGAAGGCAAAUAUUUUUAUACUUCACUCUCUGAUGUAUAUGGUAUUUCAGCUAUAAAUAGGUUAAGACUAAAGAAAGACGGGCUAGCCUCUGUAGCAGGCAGGGAAGGAACACAUUAAUGGAUUUUCCCUCUGCUUGCGUUUCAGGUCAAGCUAUUUAUUUCACAAAUUGUUUCCACUUUGAUGACCAGUCUUGCAUAUUCGUGCUUAGAACUUUCUCUGACUUCUUACUGCCAUUAGGGUAAAAUGCAAUCCAUUUUGAUUACCUCCCAAAUCAUCUUUUUUUUUUUUUUUUUUAAGAUUUUAUUUAUUUGACAGAGAGAUACACAGAGAGAGAGGGAACACAAGCAGGGGGAGUGGGAGAGGGAGAAGCAGGCUUCCCGCUGAGCAGGGAGCCCGAUGCGGGGCUCGAUCCCAGGACCCUGGGAUCAUGACCUAACCUGAAGGCAGAUGCUUAACGACUGAGCCACCCAGGCGCCCCUCUCCCAAAUCAUCUUUUGCCACCACUCCUCACUUGCCAUGUCCACGCAAGGCAGCUGCUCUCAACUCUCCUCUCAUGGUGUUGCCUGUGCCCAGACGUCUCCCACUUCCUGUGCUUGCUGAUCUACUUACUUUUCAGGUCACAGCUUCGGUAUUUGUUCCUCCAGUCCCCUGGACUAGAUAGGUUUAAGUCCCCACCUCAUGCUCCCACAGCACACUGGGCUUCUCCAUCCAGCUGUCCAUCACUCUUUACUGCAAUUCCUUGCUCGUCCUCCCUUGCUCGCUCCCCGAUGCAGGGACCAUUUCUUGCUACUCGUGGUUGUAACAAGACACCGCCACACCGUGGGCGCUCAGCAAACACUUGUUGGACAGAAAAAUGUAGAUGAAACUGUACUUCUGUGGCAAGUUUGUUUGGUUCAGGGGCUUGUAUUUCAUAUGCAAUGCCAGACUGACCAGCAUUUUUAUAUUCUUCCACCUGUGAUCAAACCAUAAACCGUUUCUUUAGCAAACACUGAACUUUUGAAACAGAUAGAAAGUCGGUUCUGUCUUGCCCUGUGGUGAACCUAAAUUGAUAUUCUGAACAAUAAUUAUUGUUUGCAAAUAAGAACUAACAGACCAGGAAUGCAGAACAGCAUUUGACUCAUUCCAGAGGACCGUUAGUUUAUAGGCACACUGAAAUUAAAAUUCUGUAGACUUCAACUUCGUUUAUUUUUACCUAAUAUGAGAAUAAAUUUCUGUUUUAUCUCUGUAUUCCUAUUUUCCAACAUAGUACUUGUCACUGGGGAGAUGCCUAACCAACAUUAUUUUUUUCCUAAAAUGCCCGAGUAGAACCAUAAUAACAGCUAAAUGUGUUUAGUGCUGUUCUAAGCACCUUAUGUGGAUUAACCCAUUUAAUUCUCACAAUCCCCACAGGAAGUAGAUUCUAUUGUUAAUCCAAUUUUACAGAUGAAGAAACUGAGGCUAGUCAUUUGGCAUAAAUGACCAGUGCUGGCCAUUUAAUCUAAUGCCCUUACUUGACAAAGGGGCAGCUGAGGCCUAGGAAUGUGAAAGGACUUCCUACACAUUCGUGUCUUUAUGCACACUCAUUAAGGUGUUUGUUAAAUGGAACCCACCAUGCACACUCAAAUUAGGUAGGUGCUUUCUCCCCCUUUACUGAUUAACAAUAAAUAGGAGGACUUUUAUAGUUCUGUUUGGGGAAAGAGGUACAUUUCCCUUUCUAUAACUUUCUUCUCAAAAACAUUUAGAAUCUUUAUCAGGUAUGUAGUGCUUUUAAUAGGGUUUUUUUUUUUUAAUUUUUUUAAUUUUUUUUUAUUUUUUUUAAAGAUUUUAUUUAUUUAUUUGCGAGAGAGAGAAUGAGAGACAGAGAGCAUGAGAGGGAGGAGGGUCAGAGGGCAAAGCAGACUCCCUGCUGAGCAGGGAGCCCGAUGUGGGACUCGAUUCCGGGACUCCAGGAUCAUGACCUGAGCCGAAGGCAGUCGCUUAACCAACUGAGCCACCCAGGCGCCCUAAUAGGUUUUUUUUUUUUUUAAAUACAGAUUGGACAAUACUAGAAGAAUGUAUUUGUCUUAGUUAAUUUUUAAAAGUGAUUUGCCUAAAACCCCAGGUCUUCUCAUUUAGAAUCCAAUGCCCUCUUAUUGCCCCACUGUAGUCUCCAAGCUGAAUUUAUAACCAUGAUUUCAGACAAAAUGCAGGAGCCAUAUUUAAUGAUCUUAAGUUGGCUUUUGACAUUAAGGACACCGGAAAGUUCGGACAACUCAGGGAUGGAUUUUUCACCCCAGACGGUUUUUACUACAAUUUCUGUAAUUAAGUUUACUGUCUAUAUUCUGGAUUUUGUGCUUCCAAGAUAUUGCCACUGAGGUUGUGUGUCAUUCUCAGGCCUAGCCUGGGGUCCGCAAACUUUCUGUAAAGGGCCAGAUGGUAGAGAAUUUUAGGCUCUGUGGUCUCUGUUUCAGCUGCUCAGCUCUGUUGCAGUAAAUUCAGAACUGGGUAAGCAGCAGUUUUAAUUUCUCUAAGCUGUGGCCAUCAUGAAUGACUUUCACUAUUGAAUUGCUCUUGUGGGGAUUAUAGUGUUUCAGAGUAAUUUAUUUCUCUGUAGAUUUCUUUUUAAGCAUUAUCUAAAUCUGUUAUGCCCAGGGGAGAGUUUUAAUACACACAACUAUGGCAUCUCCCUCAUGUAUCCUCAUGGAAAAAUAUUUGAGAACUCCUUCACUAGGCCAGAUGCUGAGAUGUGUAUACUUCGUUGUAUAUAAUUGUAGUGUAUAUCCUUGUUCUCUAAACAGAACUGAUUAUGUUUAGUGGACAGUUUGAUUAUUCUCAGUAUGUGUGUGUAUAUACUUGUACAUACAUGGCGAGGUCUGUGUGUGUUUGUACAUAGACGCCAUGCCCCUGUGAAGGUCUUUGUCAGGAUUGUUUCUGUUCCUGAUCCCUUGAAUACUCGAAAACCCAAGAGAUUCAACAUUGUGCAUAUUACAGGCAAAACUACCUUUGAGUUUAUAGGAAUUUAGUUUGUAGAAAGGAUUCCUUUAUUAAGCCUUGCCUCCUCCACUCAACAUGAUAUGAAUUGUUAAGAAUGUAUAAAGUAUCACUGUUGAGUUUGACUUGUCUAUACUUUUAGUUAAGAAACUAAGGCUAAUGUUAAUUAAGUAGAUGGCAUGUUGAUAGAACCUAUUCGUAUUUUGUAUUUAGAUUCCUUAUUCAGAUACUCUGUUAUUUAGUUACAGGUUGGACUUCCUUGUUUUUAUAUUUAAUAAACAACCUGAUAUAAGUUCCUUUUCACAAAAAUAGUGACUAUGCUAGUGUGAUUUUAAGUAUGUCUGGAGACGGAACAUUGAAGUGAAUCAUCAAGCUCAUUGAGAUUUUUCACUUAAGAUGUACUGAUGCUUGUUAUUAGGCAAAUAGCUGUUCCGUUCCAUCCUUCCGGAGGGUAAGUGACUCUCUAGGGUGACUCUCUGUGGUGGUUGUGGCGUUCACCUAGGUCACUAGAGUUACCACUUCAGCACGUACAAUGUCCCGGCCACCUGGAUGAGUGAAUGCAGCUUCUCCACAUGCCUUAUUCCCACAGACACACUGAUGCUGGGACAAUCUGGCUCCAGGAGUAUUAAUAUACUUUUUUGAGACUGUCUACAAAAUACUAUUUUGUAAAAACUAUGCCUUUAAAUAGACACCGAUGGGUUAUAUUUGUUUUAUAAUAAUUGUGUACCUAAUGUUCAAUUGCAAUUGAUUUUGAGAUUUAUGUAUAUUUAUAAGCCUGUCCUAUGUGAAUUUUUACUCUAAGAUGUGAUACCUUACUAAUAAAGACAUGGAUUUCUAUUUA